AUGGAAUCCGAUUUGCGUCCUAACUCGUACCUAUUGAAGGGCACAUGCUGGGGUAAUAUCGUCAGCGGGAGUGUCAGAUGCGUCUGCAAUUCCGGCUUUCGGCGAGACAUUAAUGGUGCCUGUAAUGUCCCGAUAGGCUCCAUGGAACUGGGAGCCUCGCCUUCAUAUGCUGAAAUUAUUUUGAGAAAUCAGGCUCCUGCCUCUUCACAGACGACCUUUGAUCUAGGCUUCAGGACGCGCAGCCCGGAUGGUACUUUGGCUUAUAUUCAAGGGCAGUGGUCAGAGUACUACAAGUAA